AUGUUAUUUGUUCAUGAUAUCGUGUUGGUAGCAGAAACUAAGGAGGAAGUUAAUAAUAACUUGGAAAAGUGGAAAGCAAUUCUAGAAGGGGAGCAACAUAUGACCAUUGUUGAAGAAGUUGUUGCAAGUACAACCAAAUUCACGUAUUUUGGAUCUAUUAUUCGGGGUCAUCGGGAGAUUAAUGGAGAUUUUACACAUCAAAUACAAGCAGGUUGGCUCAAGUGGCGAGCAACCACCGGAGUAUUAUGUGAUAGGAAGUUUUCAUGUAGGUUAAAAGAUAAAUUUUACCUAUUUGCAAUCAGGCAUGCUUUGCUUUAUGGGACAAAAUAUUGGCCUAUAAAGAAAACUAUAUUUGAACAUAAGAUGAAUUUAUCAAUUUUGAGGACCUUUCUCGAACCAGGGUACUCUUUGACAGCAUCAUCUUUUAUGGUUGGUGUUUUUUUUGAUGCUAUUGUUGCUACUGGAUUGUUGUUGUUAUUAAUGAUGUAA